AUGAGUAAGUUCAAUCUAAUACUCAGUAAGUGUAAGAGUUUGUCAAAGCAUCUAGGAAGAUCUUCAUCAUUUAAUAGCCUAAGAUCCAAGUUUGUUAAAGAAGAUUUAUGGAAAGUACAUGACAUGCAAGAAGAUGAACAUUGUGAAACUGUACUUGUUGGCAGUGCAAGAAAACAGUAUGUGAUCAAGUCUAAAUACCUGAAUAAUCCUCUUCUGAAAGCUCUGAUCAACAAGUCAAAUCAAGAGGGAAAUGAUGAAAGUGUUUUGAUUGUCAACUGUGAGGUGGUUCUCUUUGAUCAUCUGUUAUGGAUGAUAGAAAAUGCAGAUCCUAUGUUUGGUUCUGACUCUUUGGAGGAAUUGACUGAACUCUAUGUGUUUUAA